UUCUUUUUGUAAAAGUUGAUGAAAUGGGAAAUAAUAUGAAAAAUUCCCAAUUUGUUGUUUGUGGUAUGAAUUCAGAUGAAAGGUUUAUAAUUUGGUUUGAUACAUUGACUUGAAAAAAGGAAGGUUUGACUAAUUUUGGUAAACUCGUUGAUAAAGUUAAGAGCUUUCAUGGUUGAUUCAUGAAGAAGUUUAUUUUAUUUUUGGGUCCAAUUUUAAUCAUUGCAUUUGAUUUUUUUUAUUUAUUUUUAUGAGUUGAUUGCUUACAAUUUUGUGCUAUUAGUUUUCCUUAAUUGAUGAUUGAUGAAUCAAUUUAAAGAAUUUUUGUUUUUAAAGAAGAUCUUGCUUUCUUCUGAUGGGUGUUGUGAUAAUUGUUUUCUUUAAUGUAUGAACACGAUGGAGAAAUCUGACUUGCUGACCUCUCUGGUCAAUGUAAUUUGCAAUUGGGUAGGAACUUUCGAAGAAGGCGAUCGUUUGUGUUUGUGGUGCGGGGGUUGUUAGGUGGAGGAGAGGAUGUUAUGCUGUAUAAAGGAAUGAGGUUAUAGUUAUCUCGUAUCGCCGGUUUAUUAGGUGUUUGAUGGAUGCUUUCAUACUUCAUGAAAGAUGUUUGCUAAAGCUUCUUUUAGUGAGUUUAUAUCCUUUUACAUGCCGUUUAUAUGCAAGGAAAUGCUGAAAAGUAUGUUGUUUUUUGAUGGAUAGGGGGAGAGGGAAGCUGUACAAAGAAUGCUAUCAUCCCUUUGAUUAGCCUCUAAAAGGUGUAUUGUAGUGCUUUAUCAAGCUUCUCCUUGUUUGCUGUGUUUCUAUCCUUCAUUAUUUUUGCUGAUAAUAAAAGAAGUCAAUCAUCCAAUGGUGACAAAUGAAUUCCACAGUGAGUGUUCUAGCUCAACUUCAUGGAGUAGUCAGCCUGAUACGGAUGAUGAUAGGAUGAUAGCGCUUGUCUUAACAGAAGAAUACUCUAAACUAGACGGUGCUGUUGCUCGACGUCUCACUAACCUUGCUCCUAUUCCUGUUGUCCCGAGGAUUAAUUCGUAUAUUCCCACCUUAAGUGACGCCAACUUGGACCACCAACGGCUUCUUCAGAGACUACAAGUUUAUGGACUUUAUGAAGUCAAAGUCUCUGGUGAUGGAAAUUGUCAGUUUCGUGCACUCUCGGAGCAAAUGUUCAAGUCACCAGAUUAUCACAAGCUCGUGCGCAAAGAAGUGGUUAAACAGUUGAAGGAGCAGAAGGCUCUUUAUGAAAAUUAUGUUCCGAUGAAAUACAAACACUAUUACAAGAAAAUGGCAAAAAAUGGGGAGUGGGGAGACCACAUAACUCUUCAGGCAGCAGCUGACAAGUUUGCUGUGAAGAUAUGCCUCUUGACUUCCUUCAGAGAUACGUGCUUUAUUGAAAUUGUUCCACAGUACCAGGCGCCUAAGCGAGAGGCUUGGUUAAGUUUCUGGUCAGAGGUUCAUUAUAACUCGCUGUAUGAACUCAGAGCGGCUGUUCUACCGCCCAAACCAAGGAAGAAGCACUGGUUGUUUUAGUUUUCCAGGGAAGAUUGAAGUCUGUUCAUCCGAAUUAACUCUUUUCUUUUGCACAUUGCUUAUACUUCAUGUACACUACCAUACUGUAUAUAUAUAUAAUAUAUACAUUUGAGUUGUUCAGGUUUAGGAUUAUCUUAUUCUUUCAUUUGUUUCUCUUUUAACAGUCUUAUUAUUCUUGACGGAUUGGGGUAUGCAAGACUAUGAACUGCACUGACAGAUGUGCUAAUAUUAUCAAGUCUUUGUUUC